GGCUUCGGGAACGACGUUCAGACCAAUAUGGGAUACUGAGAUAGCAGGACACACACAUGAUGCAUCGCAGGCUCGGGAACGACGUUCAGACCAAUAUGGGAUACUGAGAUAGCAGGACACACACAUGAUGCAUCGCAGGCUCGGGAAGAACAAAAUAAACAGUACUUUAAAAAAAGAUCUAACUAUCUUCUAUAUUUUAUAGUGAAGUUUCGGAGAGAAAAUGGUUCAAGGUUUUAGUCUGUGUUUCUGCUUGGCAUUACUUUGCCUCGGACGGUGUGUAUGCGGCACGUGUCCGUUUCAAUGUAGCUGUUUCUUUCACAAACUAUCCGACGGAUCCAAAGCAAGGAGUGUCCUUUGUAAUGACCCAGAGAUCACUCUGAUCCCACCCAACUUUCCUACAGACACCUCGAAACUGCGGAUCGAGAAGACUGCCAUCACAAGGAUCUCCAGCGAAACCUUUCACUACCUCAACAGUUUGGAAUUGCUCUGCAUUUCUUUCAACUCUCUGAACUCUUUGAAUGUAGACAGCUUCCGUGGCCUGAGAAGUCUGGAUGAGCUGAGACUGGAAGGGAACGCUCUCACCUCUUUCCCCUGGGAAUCGCUGACUGAUAUGCCCGACCUGAGGCUACUGGACUUGCAUAAUAAUAAGAUAUCGUCGAUCCCGGCCGAGGCGGCCAUCUAUAUCAAGAACCUGACCUACCUGGACUUAUCUAGCAACAGUCUAGUCACGGUUCCUCCUGAGGUUCUCUUUACGUGGUUGUCUGUGAAACCAUCUCAAGGAGAUGGGGAAAGUUCCAAAUAUAUUCUAGGUCUCCAUGACAACCCGUGGCUGUGCGACUGCCGGCUCUAUGACGUGGUCCAGUUCCAGAAGUCUCCAACCACAUCCGUGACUCUGAUCGACACCAGGCUGCACUGCGCGGACCCAGAGAGCCUGUCGGGGGUGUCGUUCAGCGAGACGGAGCUCCGGAAGUGCCAGGAGCCCCGUGUCCACACGGCUGUGGCCCGGGUCAGGAGCUCCCUGGGGAACAACGUCCUGCUGUGCUGUGGGACAAUCGGAGUCCCAGUACCAGAGCUGUCCUGGACCCGGGCAGACGGCAAACAGAUGAACGGCACUGUUCAGGAAGAAGUUUCAAAGGAGGGAAUCAUUUGGUCCACCCUGAGUGUUCGUGCUGUCUCUUACAGGGACUCUGGGAAAUACAUGUGCAAAGCGACCAACUUCCUGGGGACUGCAGAUGCCAUCAUCUCCCUGGUUAUCACAGACUCCUUAAAAAAUGAGGAACAAGGUGGCAGCUCCAAGACUAGAAAACAAAAGGGACGGAAAACCGGUGGUUUUGGGAAAGCUGCCUACCAGGAUAAACUUGUUGCAAAAUACAUACCUCCACCAACCACCAUGGCAGCCACGCCUAUCAUCGAACCACUAGGACCGGGCGGUUUUACACGACAGUAUGAUAUCGAGAGCUACGAUAUCUCCAACAGCGUGGUUGACGGACAGGCGCCCGGUCCUCCCAUCACGGAGACGGCGAUGCAGGAAGUGGAGAAGGAGGUCCUUAGCAACCUAGCAGCCAACGCCUCGUCUUUACAGGCGCCGGCACCACCGGAGAAACGGGUGGUGCGUUCGGUGAAGAUAAUCGGGGACACCGACCACACCGUCUCCCUGAACUGGCGGGCCCCGGCGGCCAAGAACACCACCGAGUUCAGCGUCCUGUACGCCGUGUUCGGCGAGAGGGACAUGCGGAGGAUCAACGUCGCUGCAGGAAAGAACCGGAUCAUUAUUGAGGGCCUUGUGCCAAGGACAAAGUACAUCGCCUGCGUCUGCGUCAAAGGCCUGAUCCCUAAAAAGGAGCAGUGUGUAAUCUUCUCAACGGACGAGGCGGCCAGCGCAAGCGGCACCCAGAAGCUCAUUAACGUGGUGGUGAUCACCGUGGCCUGCGUGAUCGCUGUCCCGCUGACACUGAUCGUCUGCUGCGGGGCGCUCAAGAAGCGCUGCAAAAAACUACUGGGGAGAAAAUCCAAAGAUAUCCAAGAAUCAUAUGUGACAUUCGAGACCCUAUCCCCGGGACAGAACCCCAAGGGGAUGGAGGAGGAGUGCCUUGCCAGGCAACAGCCAGACGAGUCCAACAGACUGCUCUCUGCUAGGUGCAGUGUGGACUCCGUGGCCAUUUGUAGGACUGAGGGACCGCCUAACGAAUACUUUUGUUGAUACCAACUGAUGGUCUCAAGCCUUUAGAGGGCAGAGAAAGUAUGUCCUUUCCAAGCAGAACUUAAAUAUUUGUUACUAAGGGUUUGUAUGAUUUCAACCAGUAGUUGACAGUAGCAUGAGUGAAACUGCUCAGAGACUGGACAGAAACAAAAGGCUAGUUGCAUUGACACUCUUUCCUUUGGAAAAAAAAAACGUGUAUAUGUGAGUUAGAUAAAUAAAUGUCGACAUAAGUGUUAUUAUGGGAAUACAGGCAACCCUUGACCUGGUGAACUGUAAUAAAAAACAUUUUUAUAUAUUUUAUAUAUAUUAUAUAUAUUUUUUCAUAAAUGAUUUCUGAUCUGCAAAGAAACAUUUUGUACUUGUCAUGCACUUUUAAGGGCAGUAUUUCACUUUUCCAAAAUUCCCAGGUUUUACAGAAAUUCUGUGUGGAAGAUUCCCAGAUUCAGAAUGGAAUAAGGAACUCUAAAUGGCCCAUUCUACUAGAAUACAUUAAGCCCAUCUUCUUAAUGACGUUUUGCAAGGAGAAAGAGGAAUUCUGGAAUUCAUCUGACCUCAGAAUUCUGGCACAGUUGUUAUUUUAGUAUUGUUGAAGCAGAACUCAUCUCUAGUGAUAUUUUAUAUAUUUUUUGUAUUUAACAUAUAUGUUGAUGUGCCAGCUUUACUGUCCAAUCAAAGCUAACAUACUAUAUAUUUUGUAAUAUGUAUCUAUGAUCUGAUGUGUAUGUAUAAAUGUAUGACAAAAUAAAAACUUUUUUU